UAAAUCAAACCUUGACUUUGACCAACCAAAAAAAAUAAAUAGUGGUAUCUCUUCUAUAAAUACCAUGCAAGCUUUCGAAACGCUACACAUAUCCUUUAGAAUUUGUAGAGAAGCAAAAAGUCAUUGUUAAUUUUAUGGCAAACAAAGUUGUAACUCCAAAGGUUUUUCGUAACCUCCGAUGUUUCGCUCGGUGUCUAAACACGGCUCCGACUGUCCCACCGAUGAAUUUCACCGGCAACUAUGAUGCUACGAACGUAACAACAACACCUACCUUACAACCCACCGACCAAAUAUUAGUCGGUCCUAAGGAAAAAGUGAUCAAUUUUGACGAUGUUAGGGAGUUGUUCAUGGGCGUAUCCACUUCAAAGUUGAUUAAAUCAACAUUGACACUUCAAAUGGCGUCCAUCGAACCUAUGGUUGACUUAGGUGUGUGGGUAAUGAAUUCAAAACUCAUGCACAUGCCUAUAUUCAGGGAGGUAAUUUUGGGGUUUGUUAAAAGUACAUUUUAUGAACAUUUUUGUGCUGGAAAAGACUUGACAGAAGUAAGUAAGACGGUUAGUAAGUUGUCGAGUGUUGGCUUAAAAUGCAUGCUUGAUUAUGGGGUCGAACAUGCCACGGAGAAUGAGUAUUGUGAUCAGAGUAUGAAGGUUUUUCUUCAGACAGUCGAAUCAACCGAGUCACUUCCAUCCUCAUCUGUUAGUUUUGUGGUAGUUAAGAUAACUGCAAUCUGUACACCAAAACUUCUCAAAAGAAUGAGUGAUUUACUGAGAUGGGAGCAAAAAAAUCCUUCAUUCAAUCUCCCAUGGAAGCAAAAGACGCUUCCAGUUUUUGCGGAAUCGAGCCCUCUUUAUCACACUUCAGAAAAACCAGAGCCUUUAACGGUUGAAGAAGAGCGUGAUCUCCAAUUAGCUCAUGAUAGACUCAUGACAAUUUGCAAGAGAUGCUUGGAACUCGACGUUGAAUUACUAAUUGAUGCAGAGGACACAGCUAUUCAACCCGCAAUCGAUUACUUUGUGUAUUCAGCAGCGAUUAAGUACCACAAAGACGAUCACCCUUUGAUAUUCGGAACAAUUCAAGCUUACUUGAAGGACGCGAAAGAAAGAAUGGUGAUCGCAAAAAAGUCUGCAGAGAAAAUGGGAGUUCCAAUGGGAUUUAAACUUGUUAGAGGUGCUUAUAUGUCAAGUGAAAAUGAGGUAGCUUCUAAAUUUGGUGUUCAAUCUCCGAUCCAUGAUGGGAUUCAGCAGACACAUGAUUGCUUCAAUUCAUGUGCUGAAUUUAUGCUUGGCGAGAUCGCUAAUGGCUCUGGUGCAGUUGUUCUUGCAACUCAUAACAUCGAGUCAGGAAAACUUGCUGCAUCCAAGGCUAAUGAGUUAGGUAUCAGAAAGGAUAGUGAAAAGCUUCAAUUUGCUCAGCUAUAUGGUAUGGCAGAAGGACUUUCAUUUGGUCUGAGAAAUGCAGGAUUUCAAGUGAGCAAGUAUUUACCAUUUGGUCCUGUAGGGCAAGUUAUGCCAUACCUUAUAAGAAGAGCUGAAGAAAACAGAGGUCUCUUAGCUACAUCUGCCUUCGACAGGCAACUCAUGAGGAAGGAGUUAACCAGGAGAUUGAAAGCGGCAACUACGUGAAUCCAUGAGUUACAGUCUUGAGAAUUAAUGGAAGCUUAUAUGCAUAUAACUAGUACUCAUACGAAUAAAUCGCGGAGCCAUGGAGCUUGUAACAGAGCAAUUGAUGCUCCGUUAUUACUGUAAAUAAUUCAAUGACGUGGCUGAUACGUAGAUUUUUAAGAUCGAGACCUUAUCAGAGAUGUGCCUAUAAAUAUCUGUCAAAUUUUUUCGGCUCCGUAAUAACGAGAGAAGUGAAGGAGGCAAGCAAUGAAAUUCAAAGAUGGCCUUAUUUACAACAAAAAAAUAGAAGUGGAGGUCAAAGAGCUACCAAUUGUGGUAGUGAUUUUCUUCAUCUUUCUUGUACUACUAGUAAUCUAGUAGUAUGGAAGUUUAUUCAAAGUUUAGUGUGAACAUUUGUGAUUGGUAUUCCAACAAAUGAAGGUUGGCUAAAUGAUGAAAACUGUACCAUCCAUUGGGUGUUUGGAUAGGGCUUGAUUUACGGCUCUAUAGACUAAUAUUGCUUAAAGUCCCAAAAGACAUUCAAUA